UUUCGAAGCAGUAUCGUAAUGGCUCGUACUAAGCAAACCGCUCGUAAGUCUACCGGAGGCAAGGCGCCAAGGAAGCAGCUGGCUACAAAGGCAGCUCGUAAGAGCGCCCCAGCCACUGGAGGGGUGAAGAAACCUCAUAGGUACAGGCCUGGAACCGUUGCGCUGAGAGAGAUCCGCCGCUACCAGAAGAGCACAGAGCUGCUCAUCCGCAAGCUACCCUUCCAACGCCUAGUUCGUGAGAUCGCACAGGACUUCAAGACUGACCUGCGAUUCCAGAGCUCUGCAGUGAUGGCUCUUCAGGAGGCAAGCGAGGCGUACCUAGUUGGUCUGUUCGAAGACACCAACCUGUGUGCCAUCCAUGCCAAGAGAGUUACGAUCAUGCCCAAGGAUAUCCAACUCGCUCGUCGUAUCCGUGGAGAGCGUGCGUAAACCCGAUACAGCGCAAGAAAAACAACCGGCCCUUUUCAGGGCCACCAUUUCUCCCCAGAAAUGAUUUCUACUUUGCAAUUUCGAGUGGUA